CUCGGAGGGAGCGGAGUAGGAUCCGUUGGCAGUAAGCACCAGGCUUCACAAAGCUAUCCACUGACAAUAAAUCAGUAAUCGAUAAUGAUAAUAUUAAUUUAGCUGGAUGCUAACUGUUUAUGCGUGUACCCUUACUGUUGUGUAUAUUACUCAUCAAGACUAUUGGGAGCUGGCAAUUCGACGAAUGAAAUUCGUUAACUCAUCCGAAGAUCCAACUGUAGGAAGAAGUUGGUGAGCGGAAUUAAAGGGAAUUCGGCGACUCAUUGGACUUUUCGAUGCCGCUGCCGCUGGGUACAAUUCAUAUUGUCUGCUUUGUGUGUGACUGGUAAUGAUGUACAGAAGAAGAAGAGGUAUAAAUGCAUUGUUUAAAGGACUCUUUGUUUUACUAGUAUUGCUGUUAACAAAAGGUGCUUCAACUCGAAGCAACGAAUCUCUGCUUGUUGAGGAAUUAUUAGGCCAGUAUGGUCCCUCGAGCAGCCGUCCAGUUCGUUUUCAGGAGUCAGUGUGCCGUGUCAGUAUGCGCUUCAUCGUGACACAAGUCAUAUCGCUGGAUGAGCGGGAUCAACAAAUGACGGUCAGUGGUUGGCUGAAGUACAAAUGGGUCGACGAAUAUCUGCAGUGGAAUUCGUCGGAAACUAACGUAUACCAGAUACGAGUAGACGUCAAUCGAAUAUGGCGCCCGGAUAUUAUUCUCUACAACGAUGUGGAUGGUAAGUUAAAGAACAAGAAGACCGACCUAUUUGCAACCGUGUAUCCAGAUGGAGUAGUCGAGUGGUCGUCUCCAGCAAUUUUCAUCAGCUCGUGUAAAAUGGAUGUUCAAUAUUUCCCAUUUGAUACUCAAUCAUGUCUUCUCGAAUUCGGAUCAUGGGCCUACGAAGGACAUGAAGUUCAGCUGGAUCUAAUGCAGGGAAGCGAAAGUUCAUUGACGGAUUUUACCGAAAACGGCAUAUGGGAAUUAAAAGAGGUUACCGCAGACGCAGUUUUGCGGACGACAAGCGCCACCUACGACUACGCCACGAUAAAGAUGUACCUCAUUUUAAAGAGACGAUACGAGUUCUACGUGUCGAAUAUCAUAUUGCCAUGUGUACUUUUAUCCUUCAUGUCGACGUUGGUGUACCUGAUGCCUCCUGAUUGCGGUGAAAAGAUUUCAUAUGGUAUGACAAUUGUACUAAGCCUUUUGGUACUUCAACAACUUAUCUCGGAAAGUCUUCCACCAGUUGCUGAAGGAAGUCCAAUUUUGGGUUAUUAUUUCACAUUCGUAAUAACAAUGGGAUGUGUAGCCAUGUUGGUCACAUCGAUUGUCCUCAACAUUUUCUGUAGCAAAAACGUCAACCCUCCACCCCGCUGGGUAGAAUCAUUCUUUUUAAUAAAACUCGGCCACUACAUUGGCAGAUAUCGUCAGGAUAAAGAAAGUUACCAAAAUGUUGUAACACAGCAACUCAGCACCAACACAGAUUACUACUUACAGGAAAACGGAAAACAUUCUAUAGCUGAGACAGAAAUUGACAGUAAGUGCGAAAUCGCCACCGUCGAGUUGAAACUAAAAGACGAAACAAACGGCCCGAAUGAGGCUUUACUAACAAGCGAAGGGUGCGGUCCGGAUAAAAGUCAACAAGAGUCUGUCUAUAGGCAUACUAACAAAGUAACUAAAAUAGCGAUAUGUAGCAUUGUUACACAGAUUUUAAAAAUGACCCAGGUGGCGCUGCAUACAAAAGAUCAGAGUCUGAUACCUAAAGGCUAUCAUUCCAAUAAUGAAUGA